UAAUGAUAGCUAUAAUAUAUGUCUUGAAUCAAUUAAAGAAUCAUUAGAUCCUGAACUAUCAUUAUUUCUAACAGAAUUUGAAAUCGGUAAUAUAUUAGAAAAGGUAACUAAAAACUAUAAGUUAAAAAAAAUAGAAUAA